GCCUGCUAGCACCUUCCUAUUUGUUUAACAGUUGGUUCCAGGCUGUUGCGCCGCGCGGUCGACCUCCCUGCUUUCGAAUCCGUUUUCUUUCCGGACAGUCAUGGCCAGAUUCUCUUUCGCCCUCGGGCUGCUCAUGGUAGUACUGACGGCGUCUUCCGUCUGCCUAGCCGUUCCUCCGAGCACAAGGAGUCGCUGUCCCUUAGUCUUCUGUUCCUCGACCUACGACCCUGUUUGCGCCAGCGACGGGAGGACGUACCUCAAUGAGUGCGUUCUGGAGUCGACCAAGUGCCUCAAUCCGGAACUGAGUUUCGUGAGACCAGGAGAGUGCCUUGGUUCCAGGCUGUUGCGUCGCGCAGUCAACCUCCCUGCUUUCGAAUCCGUUUUCUUUCCGGACAGUCAUGGCCAGAUUCUCUCUCGCCUUCGGGCUGCUCGCGGUGGCACUGAUGGCGUCUGUCGAGGCCAGGAGCCCCAUCCCCCCAGGAAUUAGGCCGGGCUAUGACUGUCGCUUCGUUGUCUGUCCCGCCAUCUACGACCCUGUUUGCGGCAGCGACGGGAACACGUACCCCAGUCAAUGCAGUCUGGCAGGGGCGAGGUGCUGGAACCCGCAACUAAGACUCGUGGGGCAGGGGGAGUGCCGUGAGUAGUGGCUAGGACCCUCGGAAUAAAAGCUUGGUUCACGUUGAUUCCUCCACCAGUCUUCUCUAACACUCCCCCUUCCCCUUCUCCUUUAUCCCCCCCCCCCCUUUUUCCUCCCAGCUAGACGUCAACGUUGCUGCAGCCUUCAGUGAUCACUACGCCACCGACCAAGGAAGAUGAUUAAUCAGGCGAAAAAAAAAGUUUAUAUAUGCAUUUGUGUGAUAUGCAUUGCUAUGAGUAAUGUUGUUCCAAAUUAAACCAAUUGGAUUU